GUCUUGACGCCUUUUUGUGGUGUUGUGUGCCUUGUUGUCCUCCACUCCACUCUUCCUUCCUCCUUCCUCCUCCUCCUUGUUUGUCUUCCUUGACUUCGUGGACACCACUGCAGCGUCAUGUCUCAGCUUCGCACCAAGAUCACCCAGAAGGUCAUGCUGACCCUGGACUCCUUGCAAAAGGGCAUCACGGACUCCAACUUUUCCAAGACGGGCAAGCUCACAGCCAAGGAGUUUGUUGAGGCCGGGGACUUCCUUGUCGCCAACUUUCCAUCGUGGUCCUGGGCCGCGGGAUUGGCUGAGAACAAGCGGUCACACCUGCCAGAUGACAAGCAGUUUCUCAUCAGCAAGAACGUGCCGUGCUUCCCGCGCGAGGAACGUGAAAUCCAGCUUGACGAGCUGAAGCUGGAUGACGACGAUGACGGCUGGGUGCAGACCAGUCUUGUCGGGGCACCGGAGGCGUGCGGGGUUGUGCCCGACCUUGAGGACGACGUGCCGGUAAAGGCGCAGGAGGAGCUGGACGACGAUGCAGCGGAGGCGGAUCUCGACGAUGUGCCCACCCUCGACGAUGACGACGACCUCGAAGGCGCAUAUUACAAGGACGCCGUGGAAGACGACGACGAGGCUGCGCUUGACCCGUCUGGCGAUGCCGACAACAUCAAGAAACUCCGCUCCUAUGACAUCAGCAUCCACUACGACGCACACUACUCGACGCCGCGCGUGUGGCUGUUUGGCUACGAUCCCGACGGCAAGCCGCUGCAGGGCGACGCGUGGAAGGCGGACUUCAGCCCCGAGCACGUCGACAAGACCGUCACCUUCGAGCGACACCCGCACCUCGGCUACCACUGCGCCUCCAUCCACCCCUGCAAGCACGCUGAGGGCAUGAAGAACACCGUGGAGCUUCUUGUUGGCGACCAGGGCGCCGUCAGCGCAAAGUUCUACAUGGUCAUCUUCCUCAAGUUCAUCCAGUCUGUCAUCCCCAACAUUGAGUACGACUACACCAGCAAGUUUGAGGUCUCCCCGCGCCAGGCUGACUGAACGCACAGCCUCCGCGGACGCCGACGCGGACGCCUGCUUCUGCCGCUGCAACACUGCGUUGAGCUUGCGAAGCAGCUUCUCCUCGUGCGACUCAACCCCAAGCUUCUCCUCAGACUUCUGCUCAGCACGCGUGGGGUGUAUUUGUUGUUUGGUGUUGUGUUGUUGUGUUGUCGUGUGGUUGUUGUUAUGGUGGUGAUUUGUGGUAUUGUGGUGUUGAGGAUGCAUUCAUACACGAACCUGAACGCUCA